AUCUAGAAUCGGAUGAAAAAGAUGGCUUCCUCGAAACAACUAUCAGAGAGUCUAGAAUGCCCCAUCUGCCAUGAUCUACUUUCCAAUCCUAAACUUCUGCCAUGUUCACAUUCUUUUUGCACAAGUUGUUUGACCGAACUUCACUCUUUUCAGCCAGCUGAUUCCGCGUUAACUUGUCCAGUGUGUCGCCAAGAUGCAAAUGUUCCUGGAAAUGAUGUGAGUAACUUUCCAACAAAUCUUAUUGUCAAGUCCCUCGUCGAAGAUUUCAAAAGAAGGUCUGAUGCUAAGGCCGAGCGCAUAAAAGGGGAUGGAGAAAUCGCCAUUCAAACUUGUACGGUUUGUGACGGUGAUGAUCAAGACAUUGCAACAUACUAUUGCCAGAACUGUUCAGAGUUCAUUUGCGAAGACUGCUUGCAACACCACAAUAGAUACAAGCGGAAUGCAUGCCAUGAGACUGUGAAAGUAAUAGAUAUUAUGGCGGGAGUUGUCAAAAAGAAAUUCACAUGCCCUGAACAUCCACAGGAACUGCAGCAGUUCGUGUGUACCACAUGUCUGGUUCGAAUCUGCUGCAGGUGCCGGGAGGUCGAACACAAGGAAGAUCGACAUGAAGUCAUCGCGAUUGCCAUGUACGAAGAGAAUCAACAUGAGAAAAUGGCAAUUAUGUUGGCGAAAAUUGAUGAAAGAGGUGUUGAUAUCAAUAAUUACUUGUCUGUAUUGCAGGAGACGGGUCAAAAUGUAAAAAGUAUGAUUUCUCUACGACAGCACGAAAUUGAAAUUGCUUACGACACUGCAGAAGAACAAUUGCGAAGGAGAAGAGAUGAAUUGCUCAAUGAAUGCAGUAACGAUGGCAACAAAUUCUAUCAGGAAUUGCAAGAAAAAGAAGAAUGCAUUAAUACAUUUCUAGUAGCUGUAUCUGAUAGGGCCUCGCUUGUGAACGAUGGCCUGGGAAAACUUUAUCAACCAGAUCUAUCACUCACUGAUCAUGCAGCACGAUGGGGUGAUCUUGAAAGUUUUCUCACGAAUGAAGGCGUUUCCUCACUUCUCGCUCAGUCAUCAAACAUACGACAGCGUGCAGAAUCUUUGACCUCCCGUAUGGCGGCUCCUGCCAUUGAUCUUAACAUUGGUACUGUUCUCGUCAAGGACUAUCGGCUGGAAGGAGAACCAAAGAGUAAUAAUGCGAUGGCAAUAGCUCCGAGGAAAGGGGAUACUAUCUUUAAGAAGGAAGCCUUUGAUGACCUUGUUUCACAUCCUUCUACGUCGACCAACAUAACCUCCCAAGCAAAGCCCCCUUCCGACAGUCAAGCUCCUUAUGAAAGUCCAUUCGAUCGUCUUGAUCUUGAACUGGCUGAGCAAACAACACGACUCAAUGAGCUUGAAAGGAGUCUCAAAGCAGAAACACUCUCCCCACUUCUUGCUCAGGCAUCAAACGUAGUCCGCCGAGCAGAGUCGCUGGUUUUUCGUCCGACUCGUCCGGCUGAUCAUACCGUUGAUCUUGGUACUGUUCAGGUCAUGGAUCAGCAACGAAUUGAAGGAUCCUGUUUGUGA